UCCAACCUCUCCUAGACUUUUGACCCAAUGAAACGCAUAACAGUCGAAGAGGCUUUAGCUCACCCAUAUCUUGAAGCAUAUCACAAUCCCGAUGACGAAUCAGUUGCACCACCGCUCGACCUGGGGUUCUUCAAAUUUGACCGACGAUAUCAGCCAGGAGCAGCUCAAAGAUCUGCUCUACGAAGAGAUCAUGUCCUUCUGCCUUGCCCCAAUCACCUAAACGCAAACACGCGAUCGCCAACACUCGUCCAUAAACCAGAGGAUCCAGAUGUAAUACUGUGUUGAGCGUCAAAUCGAAUUAGGAGAUAGAAAAUG